AUGGAGCUGCUAGCAGGGGGCGUGGCAGCUUCGGGUCUCCUGACCUACAACCGCAAGAAUUAUUUCUUCGACAAGGAGCAGAACCGAGAAAAGGUCUACUUCAGUCAAGAGAUGAAAAUCAAGAAGCAUGAGCUCUACAGAGAGGACAUCCGAGACUUGACAGACCUCACCGUGUCCAAAAUGGAUGUGUACAUGGUCAUCAACGUCCUUCAGCUUCUGUUCUGCGUGAUGCUUUUCACAGAGGGCAUGCCAAAGCCUGGCGUCACGCCUUUGUGGCUGCACUGGAUCCUGGCAGCCACCAGCGGCUCUGGUGUCCUGUAUUUUGUGCUGAGCAUUUGGCUUGGGAUGCACGCGUCUAUAGCAGCUCACUCUUUUGGAGUGAGGCUCUUGACGCAGUUUGUGCGACUUCCGGUGCCAAACAUGCAGCAGAUCCACAACGCUGCAGCGAAAGCCAAGGACUACGAGGCCUUGAGCAUCACGGAGAUGCUGAGGAUCCCAGUGCUGCAGCAACAGCUCAGGAAGCUGAGUGCUACUCUGGGCGAUCUCUCGCAACAGGAUGUUACGGACACUACUGGUCUGGAGGAUAACUAUUUACCGGAGGUGGCCGCGCCUUCCAUUGAAGAGACUGCGACGCUCAAGCACGUGCAGCUCUACAGAGAUCUACAAGCAAAUUGGCAGGCGUAUGAUGCCUACAGCCGCGUGAGUAUGGCCAUGGGAACCAACCAGCUACUGCAGUCCAUCAACGCAUACUGCUUGGGUGUUCUCCUCUCUGAGACGCACUCGGGCUGGGCGGCAGCCUGCUGUAUGGCUGUCAUCAGCUACGUGGCAUGGCUGAUUGUGAGGCUAGAUGUGCUCAUUAGCUGGAGGGCGCUCACCAUUGCGCUUGCACUCCAGCUCGGCACGCCCUUGCUGACAUUGUGCUGCAUCGCUGCUCAGACCCUGGCAAACGGCAUCCUUGAGGCAAUCACCUUACUAGUGCCGCUCAUUUUUGUCUUGCACUUUUCGUGGCUUCUUUGCUGCCUGCACCUCGCGACGGGCCAUGGCGACAAAGUUGCGCUGCCCGGGAAGUUCCGCGGGGUGCUCUAUUUGGACGUCUUUGGUUGGCUGUCUCCUGACCAUGCAGAAACUCCACCAGACUCGAGCGCUCAACCUGAGGCUCAACCAGCUCCGGAGGUUCAGGCACUGCCAGUCGCAGUCUAUGCAGCGGUGGCAGAUCUUUGUCUUCGCAAGAAGGCGCUGCUUGCCCUUCAGCUGGAGAAGUGGGCGAGCCCGCCAGUGGCCGAGAUGCAGGGCGAGUCGACUGCGAAGGAGGUGGCAAGACUUAGGCAGCUGUUCAAUCUCAUGCAAGAGGAGCUCCAGGCAAGCCUGCGGAAAGCUGACGAUCUGCCUCAGGAGGCCGAAGUCGAGGCACCUCGCGUAUGGCUGAAACUGGAGUGGUACUCCUCUGGCCACAUCAUGGAGUAUUGGUACGACCCUGACACGGGCGAGAGCAAGUGGUCUCUGCCUUCUGAGCCGGACCUGAGCUCCGACCUUGCUGGCUUGCAAGAGGCGAUCGAGACUCUCGCCUCAGAGGUGAAGGCGCUGUCGGAGCUGAUUGACCAGGAGCGGCAGCGCAAGCAGCAAGAGCAGCAGGACGAGCAAGAGCAGCAGCAGCAACGCCACCUGAGCCCGCGUGAGGAGCCGUUGCUCGGAACGGCCAGCGAGUCAAGCUCACAGCCUUUGCUGCGAGGGAGCAACGCAGAAGCUGUGCCUUCCAGCUUUUACAGUGCGAGUGCCGCUGCGCCGCUUACUUUUCAGCCGGAGAACAUCAAUGAGGCUGACCACCAAGACAGCAACACCCUUGCGCCAACUAGGCGACCUCCGGGGCACUUGCCUUGGGCAACGUUUCAGCAAGGCACCUUGGCGCUCCUCAGCCUUUGGGGCAUCGGUGUUCUUUGGUCUUCCUUCCACGUUUUCUUUGGCCUCGACUUAAGCAUCCUGCCGCAAAGUGGUGGAACAUUGGGAGGUACAUUGUCCAAAUGGGUCAUUCGCCCGGACUUGGACCUUCGUCUCGCAUACAGAGACUGGCCGCAUGGCCACUUUCGACCACAGGGCCUGGCCUGCGGCGUGCAGCUUGGCAGGAGGCUUUUCGUGGCCGAGCGGCUCGCCGUGCACCAGCUUGUGCUUCCCGGAGGACUACCUCGUAUCUUCUCAGAGCCUUCAUCAGAGGAAGUCUGGCAUCCGGCAGUGCAGCAGUGUCUCCAAUCGGCCUUAGCCUUCCAGGUGGAAGGCAUCCGAAGCAUCACGCUGCAGUGCCGGGACACCUGCUUCCUGGUGCUCCUCGGCAGUGGUGGCAAGUCCCUGCUGAGUUGUCCGCUCCGUUCCGGCAAUGCUACCAUUACGGAGCUCUUUGGGGGCCCGUGGCAAGCUGUGGCAGCCACUGCACCCCAGCGGCAGGAGUCCGGGCUUUGGGCGAAGGCGCGUAAGGAUUUGGAGGCCGACACGGAGACGGCACCCUUGAAGAUUGCUGAUGUUCAGAAGCUGCUGGCAGAGUAUGACAAGCGCCUUCAGAAGAUAGAACUCUGGCAGCAGACCGAGGAGACCCCUCGCACAGAAUCCAAGAGGUUCCUUGGUGGUCAAGGUCAAAACAAUCGAGGGGAAGCUCCUCUUUUUCCACCUCUUUCUCCGAAGAGGAGCUGGGUGCCUGGCCCACAACGCAGUGGCAGUCAUUUGGACGCAGAGGAGCAAGCUGAAGAGAUGGACGGAAGCCAUCCCUUCAGCCGAAUGUGGAUGAACUCCAAUUUGACCAAGAAAGGAAUGUUUGACCAGGAUUUGCUGCAGUCGAUCUAUGACAAGUCAAACAACCGCGUCAGGGGCAAAGCUGCAGUCUUUGGAGGUGGCCUCAUGGGAAUACUGUCUAUGCCCUUCGGCCCCAUCGGCAUGGCGGCUGGGGCCUUCUUUGGCGCCUUUGUCGGGAUGCUCGUCGGGACCUGCCUGGACCGGCGCCGGAUGAAGCGGAAUAUUCAGCAGUCAGAGAUCGAGACACGACGGCUCAAGAGCCUUGUGCGCUGGUCUGCGGAGCGCUUUUCAGAUGAAAACGAUCCGGUUUCUGCAGUGCAACAUUUGGAAAUGGAGUUGUGCUUGAGUUCAAGCACAUUGCAGACAUUGCUUCGGCAUCGCAACACGCGCGUCGUACUCUCAAAGUGCUGGACUCUUGGGCCGCAAGACGCAGCAUGA